AUGUUUGGAAAAACAAUUUUGUUUGAUAACUUUCCUGAUCCUUCUGAUACAUGGGAAAUCAUUGAAACAAUUGGAAAAGGAACUUAUGGGAAAGUUUUUAAAGUAUUGAAUAAGAAAAAUGGCCAAAAAGCAGCAGUCAAAAUUCUGGAUCCAAUUCAUGAUAUUGAUGAGGAGAUUGAAGCAGAAUACAACAUCUUAAGAGCACUCUCCGACCAUCCAAAUGUAGUCAAGUUCUACGGUAUUUACUUUAAGAAGGAUAGACAACAUGGAGAUAAGCUGUGGUUGGUUCUGGAGCUAUGCAAUGGUGGAUCUGUGACAGAUCUUGUGAAAGGAUUUCUGAGGAGGGGUGAAAGAAUGAGUGAACUUCUGAUUGCCUAUAUUUUACAUGAAGCAUUAAUGGGACUUCAGCAUCUUCACAACAACAAAACUAUUCAUCGAGACGUAAAAGGAAAUAACAUUCUGUUGACCACUGAAGGUGGAGUUAAGCUAGUAGAUUUUGGUGUGUCUGCACAGCUCACCAGCACCCGGCAUCGUCGGAACACCUCCGUAGGAACACCUUUCUGGAUGGCCCCCGAGGUGAUCGCAUGCGAACAGCAACUAGAUACCACUUACGAUGCCAGAUGUGAUACCUGGUCCCUGGGUAUCACCGCCAUUGAGCUGGGCGAUGGAGAUCCCCCGCUGGCUGACCUGCAUCCCAUGAGGGCACUCUUCAAGAUACCAAGGAACCCACCACCCAAACUAAGGCAGCCCCAGCUAUGGUCAGCAGAAUUCAAUGACUUCAUUAGCAAGUGCUUGAUUAAGGAUUAUGAGAAGCGUCCAACAGUGUCAGAUCUUUUACAGCACAAAUUCAUUACUCAAAUCGAGGGCAAAGACGUGAUGUUACAAAAACAACUAAUGGAAUUCAUUGACCUUCAACAGUGCAUGGAAAUCACAGGAAAGGCCAGGCAUGAACGCAUUCACACCAAGAAAAAUAACUUAAGCAGAUCUCUAGCUUCUGAUCUGAAGGAUGUAGAUGAUUUGGCAACCCUAGAUGUUUUAGAUGAGAACACAGUCUCGGAGCACUUGGAGAACUGUUAUGCCAAAGACAAAAUCUAUAUCUAUGUGGGAGAUAUACUCAUUGCUCUCAACCCUUUCCAGAGUCUGGGGCUUUAUUCUACAAAGCUUUCCCAACUCUACAUUGGAGCAAAGAGAAGUGCCAACCCUCCUCAUAUUUUUGCAAUGGCUGAUUUAGGGUAUCAGUCCAUGAUUACAUAUCAUUCAGAUCAGUGCAUCAUUAUUUCUGGAGAAAGUGGAGCUGGAAAGACUGAAAGUGCUCACCUUCUAGUUCAGCAGCUCACAGUGCUUGGAAAGUCUAAUAACAGAACCCUACAAGAGAAGAUUUUACAAAUGAACCAUUUGGUUGAAGCCUUCGGCAAUGCCUGCACUAUUAUCAAUGACAAUUCCAGCCGAUUUGGAAAAUACUUAGAAAUGAAAUUUACCUCUUCUGGAGCUGUAGUGGGAGCACAGAUUUCUGAAUACCUUCUAGAGAAAUCUCGAGUUAUCCAUCAGGCUAUGCUUCAUAAACAAAGUAACAGGCAUGGUGCUGUCUGCUGUCGAGAGAGGAAAGAUAUAUUUAUGAAGCAAUUAUUCCAUGCCGAGCCCCUCACAGCCAUUGUGGCUUUUAAUUCUCACAGUCAGCAACUUGGAAGCAUAUAUAGCAUUCUCGCUGCCAUCUUGAAUGUUGGAAACAUUGAGUUUUCUUCCGUAGCAACUGAGCACCAGGUUGACAAGAGCUACAUCUGCAAUCACACAGCUCUGGAGAAUUCUGCUUCUUUGCUUUGCAUUCAGGCAGAUGAGCUACAAGAAGCUCUUACCUCCCACUGUGUGGUCACUAGAGGAGAGACCAUUAUAAGACCCAACACUGUAGAGAAAGCUAUUGAUGUCAGAGACGCCAUGGCAAAAACUUUAUAUGGACGUCUCUUUAGCUGGAUAGUAAAUUGCAUUAAUAGUUUGUUGAAGCAUGACAUAUUUCCAAGUAAGAAUGAUGAUGAGCUGAGCAUUGGCAUUCUUGAUAUAUUCGGCUUUGAACAUUUCAAAAGGAAUUCCUUUGAGCAACUGUGCAUUAACAUUGCAAAUGAACAAAUUCAGUAUUACUUUAAUCAACAUGUGUUUGCAUGGGAACAGAAUGAAUACCUGAAUGAGGAUGUGGAUGCUCGAGUUAUUGAAUAUGAAGAUAACAGGCCUCUCUUAGAUAUGUUUCUGCAGAAGCCAAUGGGGUUAUUGUUUCUACUCGAUGAAGAAAGUAGAUUUCCCAAUGCCACCGACCAGACUCUCAUAGAAAAAUUUGAAGGUAACCUGAAAUCACAAUACUUUUGGAGACCUAAAAGAAUGGAACUUAGUUUUGGAAUUCACCAUUAUGCAGGAAAGGUCCUCUAUAGUGCGAGUGGCUUCUUAGCCAAAAAUAGGGAUACUCUUCCAACUGACAUUGUACUACUUUUGAGAUCAUCAGAAAACAGUGUGAUUCGUCAGCUUGUCAGCCACCCUCUGACCAAAACAGGUAAUCUGCCACUUUCUAAAACUAAAAAUGUAAUAAACUAUCAAAUGAAGACUUUGGAAAAGUCAAUGAACCAGAUAAAGGGUGAAACUGAAGAAGCCAUACAUCAUGCCUGUGAAACCACUAACAUGAAAACACAAACAGUUGCAUCGUAUUUUAGAUACUCCUUGAUGGAUUUGUUGUCUAAAAUGGUAGUGGGCCAGCCUCAUUUUGUCCGCUGCAUCAAACCCAAUAAUGAGCGUCAGGCGAGAAAAUUUGACAGAGAGAAAGUUCUGCUACAGCUUCGUUGCACGGGCAUUCUGGAAACUGCAAGAAUCCGGAGGCUGGGAUAUUCUCAUCGGAUAUUAUUUGCUAAUUUUAUAAAGCGGUACUAUGUUCUCUCCUACAAGUCAAGUGAAGAGCCCCCAGUGAGCCCAGAUACCUGUGCCACCAUUUUGGAAAAAGCUGGUCUUGAUAAUUGGGCUCUUGGAAAAACAAAAGUGUUCCUUAAAUACUAUCAUGUGGAACAGUUGAAUCUCAUGCGAAAGGAAGCCAUUGAUAAGCUUAUAUUGAUUCAAGCCUGUGUGAGAGCAUUCUUGGGUUCAAGAAGAUACAAAAAACUACAGGAGAAAAGGAAAGAAAGCGCUAUAAGGAUACAGUCAGCAGCAAGAGGACAUCUAGUCAGGAAACAAAAAAAAGAAAUUCUUAACACGGGAAACAGAGCCAUAAUGACCAUUCAAGCCCACGAUCAAGAAUUUGACUACAAGAAAAACUUUAAAAAUAAAAGGACAUCUUUUAUGAAGAAACAAACAGAAACUGCAGUGUCUAGUAAAGAACUCAUCAUUCCAGCUGCAAAUAAUAAAGGGAAUCUAUCUGGAGCGAAGACUUCUGCCUCCAAGACCAAAAGGGCAGCCAUCCAUACUGUGAAGAGCAAUGAGAAAGGAUAUCAAAGUCAGAAGAAAAUCAAUAAUUCCUAUGGGGAAGAAGCUACUCAAGAACUGUAUCUCAUGAGGGAUGCUUGGGCAGAAGUCAGCCCCAAAGAGAAGUAUGUCAAAGACCUGGAAGAGAACAGUAAGAUAAAGAAAGGACAGAAGGAGGACAUGAGGAUCCAGAGCUGCUAUCAGAGGUACACAGAAGAAAGGAAUUUUAAGGAAUCAAAAACAUUAUAUCCAGAAAGGAAAGGCGUGUCCGAAAGGCCAAGCUAUCCACGGUUUUGUUUCACUGAGAGAGAGACUUCUUUGAGAAAAGCUGUGGAACCUGCUCUUAGCCAAAGUCCAGUUUAUCACAGUACAGAUAGCCAGGGAAAAGAGAAGAAGACAUCUGUGGUUACCCAGAAUGCACUGCUGUGCAGCCAGGCCAGAGAUCAGCAGCAGCACAGGAUGCUGGAGGAAAGGCAUGUUGAAUCCGGAAUGCAGGCCCAAGAAGAAGAUAAAGCUGAGGUGUAUAUACAGAACCAAUACCAGGGUUCCAAGCUAAGGCAGCAACUGAGAGGUGACAGGAUGUUGCCGACCUCUCACAGUGAAAAGAUUCUUGCAACACCAGCAGAAGUAACAAAAAACAUUCACAAAAACAUGCAUUCCUGUCUCACAAUACAUGAAGAAACCCAAAAUAUCAAGGUGAAGAAGGAUGGAGACUCAAAAACAACUUCAGAGAAAGAAGUGCAUGAAUUGGCAACGUUUUCCAAACAGAUAUCAAAGUUAUCUGAAGAGUAUUUCAUUCUGCAGAAAAAUUUGAAUGAAAUGAUUUUAUCGCAGCAACUGAAGCCACUUUAUCUGGGUGUCUAUCACCAAAAACCAAUUAAUAGACUGGUCUCUUCUCCACAAGACCUCUCAGAUAUCUCUAAAGGAGAAGAACCAAAAAUAUCGAGACCUCCAAGACGACCCCGGAAACCCAAAACAUUGAAUAACCCUGAAGACUCCUCAUACUAUUACCUAUUGCACAAGUCAAUCCAAGAGGAAAAACGAAAACCAAGGAAAAACAGUCAGGGAAAAUUAUUAGAUUUGGAAGAUUUCUAUUAUAGGGAAUUUUUGUCCAACCAUUCUGGACCAAAGGAUUAUUGCCCUACUUCAAGAGCACAAAAUCCAGAUGAAGAACUCCAGAAUCAGCGCUUCAAGGCUAAGGAAAGUCACCAUAACCCGUCUGCGGGGCAGCGGAGGAAACGACCGGAGGAAAAGGAGGAGGAGCACAGCGGGCCAGCAGACAACCCUUAUGACUACCGGAGGCUCCUGCGCAGAACCUCCCAGCGCCAGCGACUCCUGCAAAAGUUGUAG